AUGAAUCAGUUGGGCGUUUUGAUUCUGCUCUCUUGCUCUUUGAUUCAGGCCAAAGAGGAGUUGAAAUUUGUCCAAGUCGUUUGGCGGCAUGGAGAUCGUGCGCCCGGAGAUUUGCCCUACCCAAAGGACAAGAAUGGAGAGGAGAAUUGGCCCAGAGGCUGGAACCAGCUAACUAAUGUAAGGGAAAUCAAAAAUUGAGUUUUUUUCUGAUAAAAGGAUUAAAAAUGUUGUGUAACUACUCUCGAAUUGCGCUUUGACGUCUUCGGAAAAACAUUUGCAAAACAAAAUGUGAUUUAUUGCAACAAAAAUUGAUGAGAAAACAGCUAUCAUAGAGUUUUACAAGCAUUUUUUAACUGGUCUAGCAGGUAAAAAAUUUUCGUGCGUAAAAAUUCUAUUUGCUAUGUAUUUGAAUCAGUCGGGAAAAUAAUGUAGAUUUGUCUCUUAUUGGUGUCAUUGCGUUGUGAAGGUUAGCCGCGGCUGGAAAUUUGAUGCGGCCCACGGGAGAAUUUUUACUGUGCAAACCCACAUUAUUUUCCCGACAGACUGGUAUUUUCAUUUUUCAAAAGGUGCGACAUUUUGUUGCGGUUCUCACUUUGCACAAAAAACACCUCAUUUUGCACCGUGCACUCCACAUUUUUUUGGGUUCUCGCACAGUGCACGGACCAUUUCGAACUAUUUCGCACUGCGCUAUGCAUUUUUGAAAAAAAUGUGAUGCUUAAAAAAGAGCUACAAGCACACCUCAAUGAUAACAUAUUUUAGGAGGGAAUUCUCCAACUCCGAGAGCUUGGCGAGUUCUUUCACCAGCGCUAUGUCGGUUCGUUCCUGAAGGAGAGUUUUCAUCAUAAAGAGGUAUGCAAAAAAUUCUCUUAUCACUAUCCAUUAUCGUUUCUCAGGUCUACAUCCGCUCCACCGACAAAGAUCGGGCCCUAGUGAGCGCACAAAGCAUGCUGAGCGCAAUGUUUCCGCCAACGCAGUCGGAGAUGGCGAUCAGUGGAAUGGCCUGGCAACCGAUUGCUGUUCAUGGGGCUGAGCCCGGCGCUGAAGAUCCGGUAAGCGAUGAACUGAACAGCAAAGCAUUAUAGCUUUGAUCUGAAGAGCUAUUGAAACGUUGACGAAAUUUUUAGCUCCUAAAACCGACCAAGUUCAAAUGCCCCGCCUAUGACAAGAUCUACAAGCCCCUUCGCGAGGAGAAAAAGAAAAAACUGGGUUUGAAGUACUACGAGCUCUUCAAAUUCUUGGGGAACAACACUGGUAUUAGCAAUUUCACCCUGGAUGACAUCAAAGCCGUUGAGGAGAUCAACAAAGAAUUUUAUCAUAAAAUUCCGCAACCCGACUGGGUUUACCAAAAUUGGCCAAAGUAUGGGGUAAGACGAGAAAUGUGAAGCGAUAGCACCAAAUUCAGGGUAAAACAACUCUGGAGCUGAUCAUGGAAAUCAACAUUGAAGAAAGAGCGGUUCGUUUUAGCACAACAGAGCUGUCGAGACUUCGAGGCGGAUUUUUGUUGGGUGACUUUAUGCAAAAUGCGAAGAAAGCGGGGAAAGGGAAAAUGAAGAAACCGAAAAAGAUGUUGCUGUAUUCUGCGGUAGGUAUCAACUGCUUCUGGGUUUGAGACAGUGAUAAAUUGGUUAUCAGUCAGUCGGGAAUAUAAAAAACUGUCGCAUCGAAAAUCGCAACACCGAAGAGAAUGUGAAUUGUGUCGCGACAAAAUCAAAUUGCUUUCCACUUCAGCGAGGUAACUCAGCGCAGUGACGUUUUGCACAUUAUUAGCCUGUCGGGAAAAUAAUGUGGAUUUUUCGCGCCUUGGAAUCGCCCAUUAUCGUUCUGUGACGGCAAACCGCGGCGAUUUGGUGGGCGACUGUGGCAAAACGAGAUAUUAUAUUUUUCUGCGAAAAGUCCACAUUUUUUCCAACCGACUGAUAAGACGUCCAUUAGGGCGUCGCUGAACGUAGCGUAGCAGCCUGUGGGGAAAAUAAUGGGCACUCUGCCGCUGCGCCCACCACGUUUCUCUUCAAAAAAAUUUUUAAUUUUGCCGCGACACAAUUCAUUUUCUCGACCGCGAUGCGAUUUUCAAGGCAAUAGAGUGCUCAUUAUUUUCCCGACAGACUGAUAUCAGAGUGAUUACAAAUAACUAUAAGUAACCAAGUUUUUCAGCACGAAGGAACUCUCCAAUCCAUUAUGAACGCGUUUGGAUUUGAAACCAUGACCAAAAUCCCGUAUGCUGGAUGUUUGAUCAUGGAAGUCAGAGGGAAGAAAAACAAAGCAACAGUUGAGGUAAGAAACCAUAACCUUUUAUGCCUGAACCUUGCAGUUUCUAUUCUACGGCGACAAAAAGUUAACCCCUCUAAAAUUGCGGGCCUGUCAGGAAGUUUGUCCGUUGGAAAAGGCCGAGAAAUUGAUGGAAUACAGAUCGAUAAAGGACAAGGUCCAGCUUUACCAAGAUUGCGGGAGAUUCCAUUGUGACGACGGUGAGGAAAGUGACGAUGAUGAAAAGCCAAAGAAGGGAAAUACGAAAAAACGUUGA